AUGACUAAGCUUAUUCACACCUCGAGGCUCUUCAGAUGUCGUGUCAAUCUAUUUAAGACUUUUUGUCGGGAUGAAUAUGAUAGGGGCAGGAAUGAGGUUCAAAAGCAAAUCCAACUCUGGACCCCAAAGACUCGGCGUGCUACAUAUAACUUCCGCCCAAAAAUCAAGAAAGCGCGCGUUGACGAUAGCCACCGAAACGUGUCAUGUCGCGAGGCGCUGGGUGAACAAGUCAUGGCUGAUUUUAGGGCUAGGACAACGGUCUCGCAGCUUGGCUGUUGA